CGAGUUCAAAAACACCAUUAAAGAAAAGACGUCCCGAGAAACGAAAAACAUCGAUGACGUGACGUUGUUAUUCUCUCUCUACGCGCAGCUUGCAGUGCUAAAAAUCGCGACUUUACAGAAGGAAACUCGGCUCUCGAGCUAAAGUUAGUACCGACCGACAUCGAGAACCUGCUUUCCUUGGCAACCCUCCUGCUGCUUUCGCCCCCGUCUGAUCACGCACGACCCUCGAAUCUUGCCCUUUUUCAAGCGCAUUGAAGGGGAUAGAUACCGGGACAUCACUCGCCUCGAUUCGCUUUCCCAUUUUUACUGGAGUUUCUUGUUUCGGUCCGGCAGGGUGGUCUGUGUACGAAUACGUAUCUCGUGCGCUGCCUGCCUUUCUGGGUCUCUCUCUCUCUCUUUCUCUGUGUGUCUCGGUCCUUGCGCUCGCGGGCUGUUUCGCUUUACCCUCCUCUACUUCACCGCCAAUGACUUGCGGAGAGAUCAUUCUGGGUCUGUGCCUGUGACGUCCCUUCUUGGGAUUUUCGUGCUUCAUUCUUCUGGUACACUCCUCGUUUGUAAAAUCCCGGUUGGCGAGCUGGGUGGAGUGUUUCUUUGCGUUUUGUGGUCUUUUAGGCUCUUGGGUCGUCGUUGUUUUGGCCAUUGAGGCCGUUUCUUGUCCGUUUCCUGGGAGAGUGAGGUGCGCAGACGAGAACGGAAGGAAAAAGGUGGGAACUUUGAAGCGUGGACUGUACGGAGCGUCGUGGGCUCUGCGAAAUUGAAGAUGGUUUUCCGACGAUUCGUGGUGAUGCUCUUCAUUUGCACGGCGUCGGUCUGCGCUGGCCUCACUGAUCCUCGCGAUGUGGCGGCAAUCAAUAGCUUGUAUGUUUCACUGGGCUAUCCGCCUCUACGUGGGUGGUUACUUGUUGGAGGCGAUCCCUGUGUUGACAAUUGGGAAGGUGUCGAGUGUGUUAUCUCAAACAUAACGGGACUAAAUCUGAGCGGAGCCAAUUUGGGUGGAGAAUUGGGCGACACUUUGGACUUUGCAUCACUCUUGUCGAUUGAUUUCAGCAACAAUCAGAUUGGAGGGAGUGUUCCAUCCCAUGUGCCGCCUACCAUUCUUACAAUGUUGUUGGGCAAUAACCAUUUCAGUGGAAUAAUUCCGGACUCGUUUGAAGAGCUAACGAGUUUGGCACAUCUGGAUUUGUCAAGUAAUAACCUCACUGGUCCUUUACCUCCAUCAUUUGGAAACCUGUCAGCUGUUACCACAUUGCACUUGCAGAAUAAUAAACUCAUUGGGACUCUGAAUGUUCUAGAGGAUCUCCCUCUAAUUGAUUUGGAUAUAGAGAAUAACUUAUUCUCUGGGCCUAUUCCUCCAAAGUUGAUGACUAUUCCAAUUUUCAAAAAAGGUGGAAAUCCUUUUAAUACAAGUGUAAUUCCAUCACCAGCACCAGCACCAGAGCCAACCUCUGCACCUCCUCCAUUCAUAGGCCAGCCACCUCCGAGCGUGCCUUCUAAAGAUGGAAAUGGAUCUAGAGCAGAGGCACCAAAAUCUGCUCAUUCAGAGGGAGGGUUGAGGGUUAAAAAGGUCAUUUUGAUAGCUGUUAUAGGGGCUCUGGUGGUCGUUGCGAUUACAUUACUGUGCCUAUGCUUGUGGAGAUGCAGCAAAAAGAAGCAAAUGAAUGAGAUGGGCGAGAGACAUAACAUGGGUGUAUAUGCAAACAGUCAAGGGGCUGCUAAAAGCAAAGAUUCAUCACGACAACCUAACAUAUAUACGGAGAGACAAUUUCCACGAAAAGCUGUUCCAGAACCUUUAGGCAAGAUGGGAGAAGACCAUGGAAGAGCCGGUUUAAGUAACAGACAAAUGGAUGUGACCAAAGCAUUGAGCUCGAGGCAGAAGAAGGACCAAGUAGGAGACUCCAGUUUGCCCUUGCAGCCUGUGGUUUCUCCUCUUGCACCACCCAUUCUGAAUGAGAAGGUUAUCAGAAAUCCUGUUGUUUCUGCUCAGCCAACUGUACAGAAACGGCCUUCUGAGAGAACAGUCUCUUCACCUUCAGUCCCGUUUUACAGCAUAGCAUCUCUUCAGGAGUUCACAAACAGCUUUUCUCCCGAAAACUUUAUUGGAGAAGGCACACUCGGAAGUGUCUACAAGGCCGUGCUUCCUGAUGGAAGGCUUUUAGCAGUCAAGAAGCUAAAGGCUGCGGUUUCCAGGCACCAGAGCAAUGAGAAAUUUGGUGAUCUGGUGUUGAGAAUCUAUAAGAUUCGGCAUAGCAAUAUUGUGGAGCUGGUGGGCUACUGCGCUGAGCAUGCUCAGCGGCUACUUAUUUAUCAGUAUUGCCGAAAUGGGACACUGUAUGAUGCCUUGCAUUUGGAUGAUGAGGUCCAUGGAAAACUUUCAUGGGCUACGCGGAUUCGUGUUGCCAUUGGAGCUGCAAGAGCCUUGCAGUAUCUGCAUGAGGUUUGUCAGCCACCUGUUGUGUACAGGAACUUUAACUCUACCAACAUCCUUCUAGAUGAUAAGCUCGAAGCACGAGCCUCAGAUUGUGGUCUGGCUUCUCUAAUAUCAUCUGGCUCUGGAAGUCAGCUUUCCGAGCACCUCAAUCCUAACGGUUACACCGCCCCAGAAUCUGAGUCAGGUGCCUAUUCCUGGCAAAGUGAUGUGUAUAGCUUUGGAGUUGUAAUGUUGGAGCUUCUCACUGGUAGGAAGUCACUUGACAGGUCAAGGCCUAGAGGGGAGCAAUUUCUGGUUCGAUGGGCAAUACCCCAGCUUCAUGAUAUCGAUGCGCUGUCAAAGAUGAUGGAUCCUUCGCUUAGCAGUUUCUAUCCCACCAAAUCAUUGUCGCGCUUUGCUGAUAUAAUCUCUCGAUGCGUGCAGAGAGAGCCAGAAUUCAGGCCGCCGAUGUCUGAAGUUGUGCAGGACUUAUUGCGAAUGAUGUGAAGCAAAGUUCAAAAAUCACCCUGAGACUGAAGUGUAUUAGGUAACUUAAUAAUGUCUAUAGCAAUGGUCAUGGAGGAGACAACAGAACCCAGAAUACUUUGAUAUUUAAUUACAGUGCAGUAUCAGCUACGGUAACCUCUCGUCCGUUCGACCGAUGGAUCAGAUGUUCACGUCGGGGUCAAAACUUUUAUCGAUGUAACAAUAGAUGGGUUUUUUAGAAACUUAGAGAUAGAUGUCUUGUGCAGUUGAUGACAAGUUGUGAUUGUUUGGUUUUGUGAUUCUUUUCCUGUGCACCAGAUGGACAAACAUCUUCUUUCGGCUUGUUGGACAUAGGAUUGUCCCAUGAUUCAGUUUACUCAGUUCUUUGUUCAUUUCAACAGUUUCUGUGACUGGUGAGAGACUACAUCUCUUGCUGUUGAUCUCUAUAAAUCUCUUCUUUUUCCCUUCAA